AUGUCACCCAAACCCAAAAUAACAAUAAUCGGCGGCGGAAUAGGCGGCCUAGUCCUCGCAGCCGGGCUACACCUCCGCAAAAUCCCCGUCCAAAUCUACGAGGCAGCCCCAACCUUCAAAGAAAUAGGCCUAGGAAUCUCCCUAGGUCCAGCAGCGUACCGCGCAAUGCCCCUAAUCCACCCGUCCCUCCAAAAAAUCUACAACUCCCUCGUAACAACACACGCAGACAGUCCAGGCUACGAAGAAUACCUGCAAACCUGGUUCGAGCUCGUCUGGGCAACGGGAGAACAGGAAGGAGAUGUCCUAAUGGACCUAAAAGCAUUACCAUCCGGACAGACGGCGUUGCGGAGAGCGGAUUUCCUAAAUGCGCUUGUUGAGCUUGUUCCCGAUGAGAUUGUGCAUUUUGGGAAGAGGUUGAGUUCGCUUGUUGAGAAUGAAAAUGGGGUUGUCUUGGGAUUUGAGGAUGGGGAGGUUGUUAAUGCUGAUGUUGUUGUUGGUUGUGAUGGGAUUCGGUCUAGGGUUAAGGAGUGUAUGCUUCCUGUUGAAUCGUUGAAAACGAAACCAGUUUAUAGUGGUAUGUAUGGCUAUCGGGCUGUCCUGGAGAUGGGGGAAAUGGUUGAGGCGGUUGGGGAGAAGAGGGCACGGGUUGCGACGAUUUAUGUUGGACGAGGCGCUUAUGCGAUCUCGUAUCCCAUUAUGCGGGCUCGUUUGGUUAAUGUCGGUGUUUAUGUAUUGAGUGAUAACCCGUGGGAAUAUGAUUCUUGGGUGAGGCCGGCGAGGAGGGAGGAUAUGGAGCGGGAUACGAGGGAUAUGGGGCGGUAUGUGAAGGCUCUUGUUGAGCACAUGCCGGACCCCUCUCAAUGGGCUAUCUUCGAGCAUCCGCAUAUCUCAACCUAUGCUCGCUCCAGGGUAGCGAUUCUCGGCGAUGCCGCGCAUGCAUCUACGCCGCAUCAGGGUGCUGGCGCUGGUCAGGCUAUUGAGGAUGCACAUGUUCUCGCCGAGCUACUGAGUGAUCCCCGUGUCGGCUCUGUCGACGAUAUUGUGGCGGCUUUUAAGGCAUAUGAUGAUAUUCGUCGGCCUCGGAGCCAGAGGGUUGUUACUAGCAGCAAGGAGAAUGCGGAUAUCCUUUGUCUGUGUUUUGAUGGGGUUCGUGAUGAUCCGAUAAAGCUGAAGGACACACUUGAUCAACGUUUGAAGUGGCUUUGGGAUUUGGAUGUACAAGAUCAGGUUGAUCGUGCGAGGGAGAAGAUGUUUGAGUAUUUGGAGGUACCAGUAACCGUCAAGGAUUGA